AUGUUGCCCUCUCACCCAUCCCAUCUCAUUGCCGUCACUCUCUCACUCCUGCCAACCAUCAUACUCGCCACCAAUUUCAAUUCCACCCAAACAUGCAAAAUCACACCUGCAGACGCCUACUGGCCUUCCUCCGCCGAUUGGACAGCAUUAAACACAUCCAUCUCCGGAGCCCUCAUAAAAACUCUCCCGCCAGCCUCUUCUUGCUACACGGGAAACCCAUUUAACUCAACCCAAAACUGUUCUUCCGUCCAAACCAACUGGGUUCUCGCUUCAUGGCAAGCCAAUACACCAGAAGGAAUCGAUUAUCCCAUCUAUGCCAAUAAUUCCUGUCUCCCUACCGAAGCAACUGGGUAUCAAGCUGGUAAGGGCUGUGAGGUAGGUGGUUCUCCGGUUUAUGUUGUAAAUGCCACUACCGAGGAUCAAAUCGCUACAGCGAUGAAAUGGGCUACGGAAAGAAAUAUUCGAAUUGUGAUCAAAGGAACUGGUCACGAUAUGAGUGGAAGAUCAAGCGGCGCCAACUCCCUCUCAAUCUGGACUCAAAAUUUCCUCAAACGAGAAUUCAAUUCUUCUUGGCGCAUCCCCGGCUCCAAUUCUACAGCCGAUGUCCUCAUUGCCGGGAGCGGAAACAAUUUAGAACUUAUUUACAACGCCGCUCAUGAGGCUGGGAAAUCAAUCGUGGGAGGCGAUGCCAAAACUGUCGGCCUAGGCGGGUAUCUCCAAGGAGGUGGCCACGGUCCCCUCUCAAGCCAAUACGGACUCGGCGCUGAUCAAAUCCACCAAGCUACCGUUAUUACACCCUCGGGCGAAAUCUUGACCGCGAAUGCAGAGCAGAAUCCUGAUCUUCUCUGGGCCAUUCGAGGAGGCGGUCCCGGUACAUAUGGCGUCGUGACUGAAUACGUUUUACAAGCACAUCCUGCAGUCGCUAGUAUCUCAUCUGUAAAUCUCGAGGCAAUUCCUCUCGGUUCCGAGAACGAUACUGCCGCUGCAACAGCAGCUUGGAAUGCACUCGCAAUCCUCUUUCAAAACCUCCCUGAUCUAAUGGACGCCGGUCUCGCAGGCGCCAUGAUUGCCGCUACUGGCUCCGUCGCGAAAGCUUUUUCCGGUUCAGAAUCCACACCCCCUGGUGUAUACUUCUCACAAGCAUUCUACGGAUACAACAUCAGUAUCUCUGAAAUGACCACUCUCAUCUCCCCUUUAAUUGAGAAAAUGAAAGAUGUAUCUAAUGGAUCACUUUCUAUCAAUUACACAAUCACAGAUGUAUACCCUAGUUACCUCGACUUUUUCUACGCCAAUGAUCCCGGCGAAGAUCCAGCUGGUCAGAUUUCUCUCCUUUCUACUCGUUUAUUGGGACGUGCGCAUCUUUCUGAUCUCCCAAUGGAAACACUAGCUGCAUAUUUGCAACGCGCUUUAGCAUCUCAGAGCGGGAGUGGAAGUGAAAUGAUAGUCGGGUUACAAGGAGGACCUGGUCCGGCUCAUGUUCCGGAAAAUAUGCGUGGUUCGCUGAACCCAGUUUGGAGAGAGGCAUAUUUACAUGUUAUUACACUUGGUGCAACACUUGAUGAUACUUUGACACCUAAGGAAACACUUGCAAAUGCAGCAGAAUGGAUGGAGGAGAAUAGAGAAGCGUUAUGGAGAGAAUGGGCUCCAGAUAUGGGUGCAUAUAUUAAUGAGGCGAAUCCUUUUGAUACCGAGUGGAAACAUGAUUUCUUUGGUACAAGCUAUGAUCGAUUGGCGGAAAUUAAGAAGAAAUAUGAUCCUACUGGGAGUUUAUAUAUAUUGUCGGGUGUAAGAAGUGAUGAGUGGGAUUAUGAUCUUGAUACAGGGAAAUUGUGUCGGGUUUGA